GUCGGUGCUGUCAGUCUGAACCAUGGGCUGCCGCUCAGCUCUAGCCUGGCCUCUCCGCCUCCCUGCGCUCUCCACCCGGACACUGAGAGCACUCCGACCCGAGGCCUCCUCCGCAGUCUGGAGCAGGAGGAACCUGAACGUCCCAGCGGCCAGUAGGCAGGAGGGGAAGCUGAAGACAGCCGCUGACCUGCCGGGGCCCAGCUGGUCCACCACUCUGUACUGGCUGUUUGUUAAAGGAUACGCUGACAGGGGCCACUUACUGCAGUGUUUACAGAAGAGACUGUACGGUCCCAUCUGGCGCUCCAGGUUCGGUCCCUUCGACAUGGUCAACGUAGCGUCUCCAGAGCUCAUAGCUCAGGUGAUCCAGCAGGAAGGCCGCUACCCGAUCCGAAUCGAACUGCCUCACUGGAAGGAGUACCGGGACCUGAGGGGACAGGCGUACGGCCUGCAUGUGGAGACAGGGCCAGAGUGGUACCGGAUCCGCAGCGUCCUGAACCCCAAGAUGCUGAAGCUGCAGGAGGUUUCGGCCUACGCCCCCGUCAUCCACCAGGUGGUGGGAGACCUGCUGGGACGGGUGGAGCUUCUUCGCAGUCGCAGUCCAGACCGGGCCACAGUUCGUAAUCUGGCAGCUGAGCUCUACAAGUUUGGCUUUGAAGGUAUUUCUGCUGUCCUGUUUGAGACCAGGCUGGGCUGCCUGCAGGAGGAGAUCCCCGAAGACACACUGCGCUUCAUAGCUGCUGUCAACAACAUGCUGACGCUGUCUGACAUUGUUAUCCUGAUGCCACGCUGGAGCCGCAGCAUCCUCCCCUUCUGGAAGCGCUUCGUCCAGGCCUGGGACGACCUUUACGAUGUAGCUCAGAAACUGGUGGACAGAAGAACGGCUGAACUGAAAGCCCAGAUGUGCAGCGGGGAGCCUGCAGAGGGCAUGUACCUGACAUACCUGCUGUCAUCCGACAAGCUGAGCCGAGCUGAAAUCUACAUCAGUGUGACGGAGCUGAUGCUGGGAGGGGUCGACACGACAUCUAACACCCUGUCCUGGGCGUUGUACCAUCUAGCGAGAGACCGCAGGGUUCAGGAGCGCCUGCACAGAGAAGUAGAGUCUGUCUGUCCUGACGAGCAGCAGCCGACCACGGGCGACCUGAGCAGGAUGCCGUACCUGAAGGCCGUCAUUAAGGAGACGUUACGCCUGUAUCCUGUGGUGCAUGGAAACGGGCGCUUCGUUUCAGAGAAUGAGGUGGUGGUGGACAACUACUGGUUCCCCAAGAAGACCCAGUUCCACCUGUGUCACUAUGCAGCCGCCCACGAUGAAGCCGAGUUUACCAAAGCGGAGGAUUUCAUCCCGGAGCGCUGGCUGAAUGUGGAGCCUCCCAGCAGACACGCCGGCAGAGCCAAUCCGGGCUUCUACCAGCACCACCCCUACAGCUUCAUCCCGUUUGGAGUGGGCGUGCGGGGCUGCGUGGGGAAGAGGCUGGCAGAGAUGGAGAUGCACUUCGCUCUGUCCAGGCUGAUCCAGCGUUAUAAGGUGGAGCCGGAAGACGGAGCGCCGGUCGUGGAGCCCAAAACACGAACUCUGCUCAUCCCUUCAGAACCCAUCAACCUGCGGUUCCUACCCCGAACCUAAAGGUUACCAGGAAGCGACGACAUCUCCUCUAAAAACCCAGAUGCAUAAAGUCUGGGCCAAACGCUCACAUUCUGCUCGCUGCCCUGCAAACGGAGAAGCACAAAUACAGCAAGUUACCAUGAGGUUUUAAUUAACAGGGUUAAAUACCAGUGUUAGAAAUAGGACAGCAUCACCUCUUCAAAGGCGCAUACUGUUUAUGUAAAUCCUGCACAAACUAAAUUCCACUUCAUCUCUAAUGAUGCUUUAGAUUGGCAGACAUUAGCUUACACUCAAACCUUUUUUUAAAGAUGGUGUUAGUGUUGGUGGGCUUUAUUUUUUAGGUCAGCUGACAGGAAAUGGGGUUGAGAGGUGGGGAAGACUGGGUUUGGGACUUUAUGAAGACACGGCAGCGUUCAGGACCAAGGCCUGCCGAAGGAAGAAUGGCUUAUGCAGCAUUCCAUUCCACUCCCUGCAGCUUUUUCCUUACUGUGCCCAACAUCCUGGCCAUUAAGGAGACAGACCGCAAGCUUACAGCACCAUAGAGUUGAUGUUUUUUUUCAAUAUUGUCAAAGCUCCUUUGCCUCAUCCUGGAGUGACAGGAAUUUCUUUUAGUUGUUCACAAUCUUUUGAUCAUUUAUGGACCAGAUCGUGAGGAGCAGUUGCUUGCCUGCCAUGUAUUUUAGCUUCCAGGGUCUCAUAUGUGUCCAUUGUGGAGGAAAUGACCUAAAAGCUCAGUCUGGACUUUGACUAGGCCAGGUAUGGCCCAAGUCUGUUCUAGAGGGCUGCUGUCCUGCAGGUUUUAGAGGUUUUCCUGCUUUAGCAAAGCUGAUUCUGAUGAUUGCAGUCCAGCCAAUGAUAACUGUAUCAAUGAAAACCAGCUGUGCUGGAGCAAAGAAACCUCAUAAAACUGCAGGACAGCGGCCUUCGAGAACCGACUUUGGGCGCGCCUGGCCUAGGCCAUUACAGCACCUAGAGUCUAUUGUCUUUAAUGCAUAAAUCUGCUGCUGCUCGUCUGGUCUGUUCCUGUUUGGCUGUGACUCCAUCCUGGAGAGAAAUAUCAGCUGUGCUGCUGCCAUCAACACCUUUGUUUCUAGAUG